AUGCCGAUGUCCAAGGAGGAGCUCCAGGAGCUUCGCAUCCAACCGCGCAUGUACAAGAAGCCUCCGUUCUCCGUAGAGGCUCCUGGAUACGAGCCGGUUGAGGGCGAGACCAUUCCUCGUCGACUGCCCGCCGCCAAGAAUGGCCUCAUCCUUCGCCCGGCUGAGGAUGUCGGAACUACCUACGAUGUCUUCCGCCGCUCCGCGCGUGUUUACGGCAAUGCGAAGGCCGUCGGAACUCGUCACUUGGUCAAGACCCAUGUCGAGAACAAGAAGGUCAAGAAGGUCGUCGAUGGUGUCGAGAAGGAGGUCGACAAGCAGUGGACCUACUUUGAGAUGAGUGGCUACAGCUACAAGAGCUUUGUCGAAUACGAGAAGCUGGCCCUGGAGCUCGGCUGUGGAUUGCGAAAGCUCGGUUUGGAGAAGCCCGACAAGAUCCACCUUUACGGCGCAACUAGUGCACAUUGGCUGGCCAUGUCACACGGUUCCGCCUCUCAGUCCCUGACCAUUGUCACCGCAUAUGAUACCCUGGGUGAGGAGGGAUUGAAGCACUCUUUGGUCCAGACAUCCAGUGCCGCCAUCUUCUGCGAUCCCGUUCUCAUCCCCUCCCUGGCCAACGUUCUGAAGGAUGUCAAGUCCAUCAAGCACGUCAUCUACAACACCGACCAGGAGCCCAAGAAGGAGCACCUGGACCGUCUCAAGUCCGAGUAUGACUACCUGAACGUCAUGAGUCUCGAGGAGCUGCGGAAGCUGGGUGAAGAGAACCCCGUGGAACCCGUCCCUCCGGCUCCUGAAGACCUUUGCUGUAUCAUGUACACCUCUGGUUCUACCGGCCCCCCGAAGGGUGUCUCCCUGACACAUGCGAACGUUAUCGCCGCAACUGCCGGUAUCCACGAGAUUGUCGGCCCUUACAUCGGUCCCUCGGAUGCUCUCCUCACCUACCUUCCCCAAGCGCACAUCUUGGAAUUCAUGUUCGAGAACCUCUGUCUCUUCUGGGGUGGUACCAUGGGUUACGGUAACCCUCGCACCUUGUCUGACGCUUCUAUGCGCAACUGCAAGGGUGAUAUCCGCGAAUUCAAGCCCACCAUCCUGGUCGGUGUUCCGGCUGUGUGGGAGUCCGUGAAGAAGGGUGUGCUCAACAACCUGAACAAGAACAACUUCCUCAUCAAGAGCAUCUUCUGGGGUGCCAUGUCUGCCAAGAACUUCCUCAUGACUGCUGGAUUCCCCGGCGCUGACACGGGAGCCUGGUUCCUGGACUCUGUGGCCUUCCGCAAGCUCAAGGAAGCUACUGGUGGUCGGCUACGGAUUAUGAUGAACGGUGGUGGUCCGGUCUCCAAGGACACGCAAAAGUUCCUGUCCAUGGCUGUUGCCCCCAUGAUUAGCGGCUACGGUCUGACCGAAACCUCCGCCAUGGGUGCUUUGAACGAUCCCAUGGCCUGGAACCCUGACGCGCUCGGUGAAAUCCCCGCCUCUAUCGAGGUUAAGCUUGUUGACUUCCCGGAUGCUGGCUACUUCACGAAGAACACUCCCCCUCAGGGAGAAAUCUACAUUCGCGGAGGCAGUGUCAGCAGCAACUACUGGCAGAACGAGGAGGAGACCAAGGAGGCCUACACCGAUGAUGGAUGGUUCAAGACUGGUGACAUCGGCGAGUUCGACCACCUUGGCCAUCUCAAGAUCAUCGACCGCAAGAAGAACCUCGUCAAGACUCUCAACGGUGAAUACAUCGCUCUGGAGAAGCUCGAGUCUAUCUAUCGCUCUUCCCCCGUGGUCGGCAACAUCUGCGUCUACGCCGCGCAAGACCAGGACAAGCCCGUUGCUAUCAUUGUCCCUGUCGAAGCCACCCUGAAGAAGUUGGCCAACGACAACGGUAUCGAGGGCGACUCUUUGGAGUCUCUCGUCCACAACGAGAAAUUGAAGUCUAUUGUCCUCAAGCAGCUCCAGACCGCCGGUAAGGCCGGUGGUCUGAAGGGUAUUGAGAUCAUUAACGGUGUUGUCCUCUCCGACGAGGAGUGGACCCCUCAGAACGGCUUCAUGACCGCCGCCCAAAAGCUCCAGCGCAAGAAGAUCCUCAACCGCUUCCAGGAGGACAUUGACCGUGCCUACGGCAAGAAAUAA